AUGGAGUGGCUGUGUGUGGUGAUGUUUCUGAUCAGCGGACCCCCUUCUGCCGGAGCCCAGUUUAACGGAUACAACUGCGACGCCAACUUCCACAGCCGCUUUCCUGGUGAGCGCGACAUCAGUGUGUACUGUGGCGUGCAGACCAUCACGCUGAAGAUUAACUUCUGCCCGGUGCUCUUCUCGGGAUACACCUCCUCGGACCUGGCCCUCAACGGUCGCCAUGGUGAGGCCCAUUGCCGCGGCUUCAUCAACAACAACACCUUUCCCACCGCGGUGCUCUUCAGCAUCAGCCUUAGCACACUGGAGGCCUGCGGAAACACACUGGAGGUGUCCACGGCUCCAGGUGUGAACGCCUACGGCAACGCGUCCAUGGUGCAGAUGGGGAACGUGUCGGGAUUCAUCGACACCCCCGACCCCCCCACACUCAUCAGCUACCUCCCUGGACUGCUGUACAAGUUCAGCUGCAGCUACCCGCUCGAGUACCUCAUCAACAACACGCAACUGGCAUCGUCUUCCGCUGCAAUAUCUGUAAAAGACAGCAAUGGCACGUUUGUGAGCACACUGAGUUUGGUGCUGUACAAUGACUCAAACUAUUACCAGCAGCUGUCCAUCCCCAUGGGCGGACUGGCUCUGAAGACUCGAGUGUUUGCUGCGGUGAAGGCUACCAACCUCGACCGCAGAUGGAGCGUCCUGAUGGACUACUGUUACGCCACUCCCUCGGGGAACCCUAACGACCACGUCCACUACGACCUUUUCUUCGGGUGCCAGAAGGACCCGCAGACGACGGUUCUGGAGAACGGCAAGAGCCAGAUGGGCCGCUUCUCUUUCGAGGUGUUCCGCUUCGUCAAGCACCGCAACCAGAAGAUGUCCACCAUCUUCCUGCACUGUAUCACCAAGCUGUGUCGCCCUGACGACUGCGCCAUGCUCAUGCCCAUCUGCAGUAGGAGGAGGAGAGACGAGGUGGAGGUCCGGAGGAGAGAGGGGUCAAAGCUCAGGUCAAAGGGCAGUCGAGACUCAGGAGACACUGUCAUCACCGCCGGCCCCAUCAUAACACGAGGGGAUGAAACCCUGAGCAACAACUCAGAGCUGGCUCCGGCGGAGGGCCCCUCUCUGCGUGUGAGUUCUGUGACGGCUGCUCUGUUGUCGGGCGUCGGCGUCUUAGGAGUGGUGAGCUUCAGCCUCUUCCUGUUCCUGCUGCGGUUGCUACGGAGACCCGCCAUGCCCACUGGCUCAGGGAGACACAAUCCUAACUUCAAUCCUAAGUGA